AUGGGCAAACCCGAAACAGCCUACAAGAAGAAAGAAGUCAAGAAAUCCCCAGUCAGCAUUGGCAUUGUCGUCCUCCUGGCCUUCGUGGUCAUCGCUCCAUUGCUCAUCGAGCAAUUCAAACUAUUGCCUCAGAUCUGGGCUUUUCUGAUGAACAUAUUGUCCAAGAUCGGUCUUGUAUCGAAAUGA